GUGUCUCUGCCCCUCCCACAAUGGGGAGAUUUCCCUGCAGUAGUUUGUGUCUCUGCCCCUCCCACAAUGGGGAGAUUUCCCUGCAGUAGUUUGUGUCUCUGCCCCUCCCACAAUGGGGAGAUUUCCUCCAGUAGUUUGUGUCUCUGCCCCUCCCACAAUGGGGAGAUUUCCCUGCAGUAGUUUGUGUCUCUGCCCCUCCCACAAUGGGGAGAUUUCCCUGCAGUAUGUUUGUGUCUCUGCCCCUCCCACAAUGGGGAGAUUUCCCUGCAGUAGUUUUGUGUCUCUGCCCCUCCCACAAUGGGGAGAUUUCCCUGCAGUAGUUUGUGUCUCUGCCCCUCCCACAAUGGGGAGAUUUCCCUGCAGUAGUUGUGUCUCUGCCCCUCCCACAAUGGGGAGAUUUCCCUGCAGUAGUUUGUGU